AACAUCCAACACAAAGAGACAAUCCUUAUAAUAAAAAAAAUUACAACAUAAGAAAAGCUACAUAAAUCUCAGUAUCCUCUAGAUUAGUUCGAAGAUAUAGUAUAUAAGGGAAAGAGGAGUUUUCGCAACAGUUUCACAUUUUUGUGUUGACUUGAGCAUCAUGAAGAGCUUACUUGUUCUCGCCAUCUGCUUUAUCGCGGCUCAGGCCCUAACCGAGGAACAAAAAGAGAAGCUGAAGAUAUAUAGAUCUGAAUGUCUCGCUGUGAAUACGAAGGUCGACGUACAAUUAGUGAAUGAAUUGAAAUUUGGAUACUUUAAGACCGAGAAUGAACCUCUGAAGAAGUACAUUCUAUGCAUUCUGGUCAAGGCUGGGCUGAUGACGGAGGCUGGAGAGUUCAAGAAAGACAUUGCUCUUGCGAAAACUGUAAAUGCAGCGGAAAGACUAGCAGUAAAGAAGAUUCUCGAUGACUGCUUGACUCAAAAGGGCAACACUCCCCACCAGAGUGCAUGGAAGUACUCCAAAUGCUUUCACGAAAAGCUUCCUAGAAAUCAUGAAUCUAUUUUCGUAAACGGUCAAAAUCCUACCACUGCCCCAACGAAUGCUACCGCUGAACCGUCUGAAAUAUAUCUGGAGCAGUGUCUCAAUGAAAGCAAAGCGGACAGGAUUGCUGUUAACAAACUGAAAUCUGGAGAUCUGAGAAAUGCAAAUGAUGCGUUGAAGAAAUGGACACUCUGUUACCUUGAUAAGCAGGGCGUGAUGUCGUCAUCCGGUGUCCUGAGCCAGGAUACCGUUUUAAGAAAUUUUGCGAAUAUUGAUAAAGAUAAAGUUGAGCAGAUAAUAGACAAAUGUCUCUUCAAGAAUGCACACGAUCCUGUUGAAACGGCCUGGCAUUAUAUAACAUGCUUUUAUAAAAAGGGGUCCAAAUAUGCGAAAAAAGCGAAUCGGUUUUAAUUAUUACAUAAGAUACCUACAUAUACCUAGAUCACCUCUAAUAAUUUGAUGAAUGAAAACUUAACUUAGGGAUUUUUUUCAUUAAUUAUAUUGCUAUUUAAUAUAAAAAUAAUUAAAAAUACGUUAAUUAAUAAAAACACCAAAUGAUAGAUUAAAAAAAAUCAGGCAAGACUUGCUAAACUAUGAAAGUAGAAGGACUUUAUCUCACUAAUAUGCAUUACUAUAAUUUUUAAAUAAACUAUAUUUUAAAUAUAAAAACUACGAAAAUAUUUUUUUUUUAUUUUACUGUCUAAUAAUAGAUUUUUUAAAUAAUAGAAGUAUAAAAGUUCUAUUAAAACUUUUUUAAAUAUUUGUAAUUACUGCCAUCUUGUGAUCUUUGUCAGAACUACAUCAAACUACCAUAUUCUUAGAUGAAUAACUCGUAGUUUCAAAUUAUUUACAUA